UGAACCGUGACAGAGAUCCUGUGGGGAUAUUCUGCGGAAGUUACCCUGUUUCUGUUCAAGUAGACCGGCUCUAGAACAGGUUGAUAAGCCCGAUUUCAGGACUUUGUGUUAGGAAAGGUUUGGGUGGCGGAGAGACCUGGGAUCGCCCGGUUUGACUAAGAAUGUUUGGGGUAGCCUUGGUAUCUCCUUCACGUCCCCCUGGCACGUUCAUUUUUCCGCUGUCACACAUGCCCUAGUACAUCAGUGAUCCUGGAUAGGAAAUUAGCCCGGGGAUGAAUAACAGUUAGCACAGGCCCGAGCCUGAGGUAUCUUCAAAUGAACCAAUGGUUCGCCAGGAAAAAAGGAAAUCGUGUUUUUGUCUGCAGGGUUGGUAGGUUGAGAGAAUUUGCUCUCUGGCUGAAAACGAUCAGUGCCUGCUGAUAGCUUGAUUUGGUGUGAUGCCUUAGUGAAGGGUUGAGUGAGUGGCCGGGAUAGCCGUAGAUGCCAGUUCCUAAGUUUUGUGAUUUCAAUUUUUUUUUUUUAAAUCAUGUUUUAACCAAAGCAUGACUACACAAAGGAAUACUGGGGUGAAUCCUAUACGUCCUCAGCAUAUCUUGGAAUUUGCUAUUUGGCGUCUAUUUAAAAUCUAAUUCAUGUAUGUAUUUGGAUGUCUUUUGGAGAUAAUCCUGAGUCAUGCUUUAGAGAAGUUACUUCUGAGGUCUUUCGCUCUGCUCUCUGGGGGUCUUUGUGGAAGCUGGACGCUGCCCUUCAGCUGGAGCUAUGGGGCCAGGAGGACCGGGGGACACUGGAAGCACAUUCAGAGGCCUGCUGCUCUGUAUUUGGCUGCCUCCAUGCCUGUGUCCUAAGUUGCUUGUGUUCACACUGUCAAGUUUCCCAGUUUACUGCAGACAUUUUGCUUAUGCUAUUGCCACUGUUAUUUUCACAUUUGUAUAAUACUUGCCAGCUUAUAGGAGGUAUUGCAAAUAUAUUCACGAUCGCUCUUAUUUUCUCUAAAGAAACAGCUGGGUGUAAAGAGUGGUUGAGUCACCCUCUCCUAGUUGGUAGGGAGCAGAAGUGGGAUUCAGGCUCUCCCCAGUGGCCAGUUGUCUUUCCUCUGCACCCGCCUGUGUCCGACUUCAGAUAAGAACCCGGGUCUGAUCUGUGUUGUGCGGAGAUGGUGUAAUUACUUUUGGGAAGGUGGGCUAAUCCUCUUUUAUCUUGCAGAGACUGAGAGGAAUUUUACGAUUUUGGACUAUUUGUGACACUUUCAAGUAGCAGGGUCACUUUUCAACCUAGGCCUCUUUUCUUCUAGACCACUUGGUUGAGAGAAGAGAGAGAAAAGAAUUAAAAAAAAAAAUCCGUUUCUGCAGCAGUAUGGUUAAGGAUAAUCUAACACUAUAAUCACAUUAUCCUUGUAUGCCUGGCUACUUGUGCUGGCCUGUACAUUGAGUGUUAACCCCAAAGACUCCUUUAGAUGUCGCUGAACUAGUUACUAUAAAAAGUGUUUCACUUUCAAACUCCCACAUUCCAAGAACAGAGAAACUCAGUACAAAGGCGAUUUUGAAGUUUGCCUGGCACCUGGGCUCCUGAAGACGCAGCGCUGGAGCAGAUGGAUAAUGGAGAAUGGGGCUAUAUGAUGACUGACCCAGUCACGUUAAAUGUAGGUGGACACUUGUACACAACGUCUCUCACCACAUUGACGCGUUACCCGGAUUCUAUGCUUGGAGCUAUGUUUGGGGGGGACUUCCCCACAGCCAGAGAUCCUCAAGGCAAUUACUUCAUCGAUCGAGAUGGACCUCUUUUCCGCUAUGUGCUCAACUUCUUAAGAACUUCAGAGUUGACCUUACCCCUGGAUUUUAAGGAAUUUGAUCUGCUUCGGAAAGAAGCCGAUUUUUACCAGAUUGAGCCCUUGAUUCAGUGUCUCAAUGACCCAAAGCCUUUGUAUCCUAUGGAUACUUUUGAAGAAGUUGUGGAGCUGUCUAGUACUCGGAAGCUUUCUAAGUACUCCAAUCCAGUGGCUGUCAUCAUCACCCAGUUAACCAUCACCACCAAGGUCCACUCCUUACUAGAAGGCAUCUCCAAUUAUUUCACCAAGUGGAAUAAGCACAUGAUGGACACCCGAGACUGCCAGGUGUCCUUUACUUUUGGACCCUGUGAUUAUCACCAGGAAGUGUCUCUGCGGGUCCACCUGAUGGAAUACAUUACAAAACAAGGCUUCACAAUCCGCAACACCCGAGUGCACCACAUGAGUGAGCGGGCCAAUGAGAACACAGUGGAGCACAACUGGACUUUUUGCAGACUGGCUCGGAAGACAGAUGAGUGAUCUUCAACCCUGAGAGAAGUUUCUGGAAACUGGCUCCCCAGGAAAUGGCAGAGACUUUUUUUUUUUUUUUUGAAUUCACAGUGUGGGAUUUUUUUUUUAAUAUUUGUAUUUAUUUGAAGGUAUUGAGGACCAGAAGGACGUUGUGUGCUUUUCCAGGCCCCUCCUGUUUUGUCCCUUCACCCUGAGUAUGCAUGUGCCUGUUGAGUCUCCAGACACCUUUUUUAUAAAAAGAAGUCUGAAAUCAUUAUGGAUAUAAUCUACCCUUAACAGAGCUUUUUUUUUUUUUUUAUAAUUAUUACAGUGCUAAAAUGAUUUCUGAUAAAAUCAUCCCUAACUCAACUAGAAGGCUAUAAAAAUCCAGGAAUGAAAGAAUAAGCAGAAUACUCAUGAUGCCUUUGAGAAAAAUCAAAACAUCAUGUAGGGUGACCUAGUUUCCAAACAGAUAAGCAGUAUUGUAAUAUUAAAGGAAAACUAUUCCAAUCAUUUAAAAGUA